AUGCACAACCACCUGUCCUUCGCGGUGGUUCGGAAGAGAACCCCUUACCAGAAACACAAGGAGAAGGAGGAAGAAAAGAAAAAGCGGGCCGAUGAGGAGGCCGCAAAAUUGUACGAAGAGUUCGUUGAGUCCUUCAAAGCAGAUGAGGAAAAGCCUGGGCACAAGACGUUUGUUCGGGGCGGGACUAUAAUGCCUGGAACUAAUGCACCACCAGUGCCACCAGCAGAGGGCGCUGGGGCAGGUCUUGGUGGGUCAUCCACUGGAAACACUGGAAAGAAAUCGGGAGGCCAGUAUGUGCCAUCCUUCAUACCACCAAGCAUGGUGGCAGCCAUGAAGGCUGAUGAAGAGGCCAAAGCCAUGGCCAAAGAACCAGUGGCUGAGUCUGAGUUAACGCUGCCCAGCAGGAAAGCAGAAAAAGGCAAGCCAAAGAACAUCGACCUGAUGCUGGAGACAUUGAAAAGGGAUCAAGAGCUCCGUGAGGAGCGCUUUAAGAGCCGGAGAGAGGGCAGGGCCACUGGCUUCGAUGUCUUCCCCGAUGAUAACCAGGGGUCUUUUGCCGAUGGAGACCCUUACACAACCAAUCUGUACGUUGGUAACCUAGCCCCCGAUGUGGACGAGGACAUAUUGAAGAAGGAGUUUGGUCGGUUUGGCGCCAUUGCCAGUGUCAAGAUCAUGUGGCCUCGAGAUGAAGAUCAGAGACGCAGGGGCAGAAAUUGUGGCUUCGUUGCUUUCAUGAGACGAGAGGAUGCCCAGCGUGCUCAGGAAAAGCUCAAUGGUGAAAUGCUGCAUGAGUACGAACUGCGGAUCGGCUGGGGCAAGUCUGUGCCCAUCCCACCCGUUCCAAUCUAUCCUCCACCUUCUGCAGAGACCCUCAGGAAGCUGCAGCACCCAGGCAUGUCUGCGAUGGUUCAACAACACCUGCCAAAGCCCAAAGAGGAGGCACAGGGCGUUGGGCCAGAUAUAGAAGUCCAGAUACCUGCCGAUGGGCACGUGCGCUACAUCGUCGACCUUCUGGCUUCCUAUGUUUUGCGGGAUGGCUGUGCAUUCGAGCAGGUGGUGAUGGAGAGAGAGGUUGGCAACCCCAUGUUCAGCUUUCUGUUCGACCUUCAGAGUCCCGAGCAUGCUUACUACCGGUGGAAACUGUUCUCCUUGGCUGAGGAUGAUUCAAUGAGGAGCUGGCAAAUUGACCCAUUUGUCAUGGUGGCCGGCGGCCCUCGUUGGAUUCCUCCUGCCAUGUGCAUUGGAGACGGGUCUCAACUGACAGCUGCACAAAAGGGAGGCGAUGGAAGGGAUAGGUUCAAGGGUCUGUCCGACUUCGAGAGAGACAAGUUCGAGGACAUGCUCCGCUCCCUGAGGGUGGACCGCCAGAGUAUCUGCGAUGCAAUGGUAUUUGCACUGAACAAUGCCGAUGCCGCAUCAGAGGUCGUCGACAUCCUUUUCGAGUCUCUGACUCUUGCUGAGACGCCCCUGGGCCUGAAGGUGGCGCGCCUCUUCCUCGUCUCUGACAUCUUGCACAACAGCACAGCACCUGUCAGAAAUGCGUCACAGUACCGAUCCAAGCUUGAAGAUAGGCUGGCUGAUGUGUUUGAGAGUUUCCACUUGGCAUACACUGCGUUGGAUAGCAAGACCGAGCAGGAGGCCACAAGAAGGCACGUCCUGCGCGUGCUGCGCAUCUGGCGCGACUGGUUCAUCUUCUCCAACGACUACCUCAACGGCCUCCAGGCCACCUUCCUGCACGGCGGCGCCAGUGCCGCCGCCGACGCGCCCCAGAACGCCGCGCUGGCCGCCGAGCUGCACAGCCUGCCGGACGAGGAUAUCGAGCGCCGGUGCAGGCAGAACGGCCUCUCGAUUCACGGCGGCCGGCCGGCCCAGCUGUGCCGCCUGUUGGGCCUGGACGCCUACCUGCACGGCGAGCCGCAGCUUGAAUUGGAUGUCUCGUCCAGUCAUCGGCGAGAUGCGGCUCCCGACAAGGCGCCGAUCGCGGCGCCCCCCGCGACCUCCGGCCAAGACAUGUUCGACGACGCCGGGGAGGGCCAGGGGGCUGGCCAGGGGGCUGACCCGGGGUCGCCCACGCGAGGAUUCGGCAACGGAGUGGUCGGGCCCGGGGGACCGGAGGGGCCACGGGGGGCCGAUGUCGACCGGAGGGCGUCCGCGUGGACGGCGGUCGACGAGCAGCAGGAGCGCCGCGCCCAGCCCGAGGGGCCCAUCUCCAAGUGGCUGCUGGAGGAGCAGGACGACGCCCGGGGGGGCGACGCGCAGCAGAUCAGCGGCAGCUCGGAGAAGAUCUUCAGCGACGCGGGCAGCACGCCCGUCAUUCAGUCGGGCGUGCGAACGCCGGUCGGCGAGGAGAGGCCCCCGGGCCCGGAGCACCGCGAGGAGGGCGCGGGCGGGGCGGCCAGGAUGGACGAGGAGGAGCUGCGCCACCGGCAGCGCAUGCGCAAGGUGGAGAUGGACGUGAUGGUCUUUCGGGAGGACCUGGAGGACCAGGGCCUGGACAAGGAUGAGGUAGAGGCCAGGGUGGCGGGCCACCGGGCGACGCUGCUGGCCGCCUCCGAGCGCCCCGACGGGCCUAAGGAAACUGAAAGGAGCGGCGAAAAGGAGCGGGAUCGGGGGCGCGACAGGGGCAGGGACAGGGAGAGGGAGAGGGAGAAAGAUCGGUCGCGGCACAAGUCGCGGGGGAAGGAGGGGGAGAGGAGGGAGAAGGGGCCGGGCAGGGAGAGGGAGAAGGGCGGCCGCGACAGGGGGGAUGCCAGGGGGCGGGACCGCAGGAAGCAGAGCGGGGGAUCCAGCCCACGGUCGGGCUCGGCGGGCCGGUCGCGCAGCCCGCGUAGGGGCCGCACGCGCGCGACCAGCGGCCAGAGGCGGCGCAGCCGGUCGCGGAGCGCGAGGAGCCAGAAGGGCAGGCGGAGCGCGUCAGGCCACCGGCGGCGCCGCUGA